AAUAAUGGCAUUCAGUAAACAAAAAACAUUAACAGUUGUGAAGAUCUGUCUGGAAGUGCUGUAUGUGUUGGCAAUCAUAGGCUGUAUAAUAACGAUAGUGUUGUGCGGCAUAGCGUUGAGUGUUAGCGAUGACAGCCUUGCAGAACAUGAUCUUGAUAAAGAACAAGUUGGAAUUAUCAAGGAACAUAAAGUGAUCGUGAUUGUUUUGUUGGUGCUGACCAUCAUUGGUAUUAUAGCAAACUUUGUCACCAAAGAGUUUGGAUUGGGCGCAUGGGGUGUGGUGUGCGCUAUGUUGACAGCCGUGUAUUUGUACUUGAUCAUUUUAAGAGAAAGGGAUGGCUCAUAG